AUGUGGAAGAACAACAGCCCAGAUGUUCCCAGACAGAUUGGCACCGGUGGAUCUGUGUCUCGGAGUGCUAGCCGUAGAAAGAGAACCAGCUUUUCCAAAGAGCAUGUGGAACUGCUGAAAGCUACAUUUGAGACAGACCCCUACCCUGGAAUCAGUCUGAGGGAGAGUUUGUCUCAGACCACUGGACUCCCUGAGUCUCGCAUACAGGUUUGGUUCCAAAACAGAAGAGCUCGAACCUUGAAAUGCAAGGGGGCCAAGAAAGCUCUGUGGCAAACAGACCCUACCUUACCGGCCUACAGUGCCCCCCAGAGUCCACUCCUGGAUCUGCACAGUGCUAGUCAUGGAGGCACAUCCAGUCUGGCACAACAGUCUUUUCCCUGUCUACCUUCUUCAUACUCCUCCCAGAUUAAAGGAGAGGUUGAUGAAAAAUGCUAUUACAGUCACUGCCCACCAGCAUCAAACUCCAUGGGUGAUGAAUCAGGCUGCUACACCCCAUCUUUUGAGUUUCACCAGAGCCAUCUGGUGGGCAGCAGUGCCAGUCCACCAUUCCAGAGCCCAGUGCAUCAUAUGGUGCCAAGCUGGGCAAGAAAAUAUGAAGAGGGGUGCCCUGUGGAUUCUGUAUGGAAGUCCUCUCCAGUCAGUGCCCAGCCUUGUAACUCCCACCCAAAUCAGGUCCUCUUAUAUCCAUCCACUUUGGAGAAGACCUACACCCCCAGGAACCUCCAGCCUUUGGCCCCUGCCACUCCUGAUUCAGGCUGCUGGGAAGGAGGGUUGGAGAAUACCCCACCUGGCCCUGGUUCCUUCUGUGUGGAGACUCCUGAGCACUCUGCAGGCCAACAGGAGAGGGGGUUACAUCAUGGUCCAGUACCUGAGCUCCCUGCCUUGUCCCUGCAGGAAAUCCUGGGGGAAUUAGAGGGUGACUGGUGGGAGGGGAAUAACAUGAUGAACCGCAAUGCUGAAGACAGCCUUGUCUUUUGCUGA